UUACCUUUGUUAGUAGUAGAUAUAGCCACAAUAUAGCUGUUCUCACUUCUCAUCUAUUGAAAUACUGAACAUUGAUCUACAUCCAUGGUUUCAGAAGAUUGCUCAAUGUCCGUUAAGAUAAUAUAUGUUUCAGUAUUUCACUUAUCUUUAUUUUAGCUGAAUGCUUGUAUUGUGUAUUCUUUAUUCUGAUCUAGAAGCAGAAAACACAAGUGCCAUUUUGAAUUUACCUUAACAUCUAUCUUAAUUCACAAAGAUGUGUAAUCGAUCUACAACUAUAGAUCAAAUUGUUAAAGAUCGAUUCAACAUACGACUAAUCGAAUCCAAAUGGGUUGAUAAAGUAGAAAAAUUAGUUUAUGCUGCUCUUCAAAAACGAAAUGAAGAUGGUCAAGAUUUAACUACUGUUAAGUUUGAAGAAUUAUACAAAGAAGUUGGUGCACGUGCUCGUGAUGCGUUACCAGUUGAAAUGGAAGUUGAGUUUCAUGAGAAAAUGGAAGACUUUCUAUCAUCAAAUAUUGAUGGUAGUGAUAACCCUUAUAAUAUGAACUCAUCAGAGUCUAGUUCACCUUGUGCAACAAACGUUGAUAUUCCUUCUGAUGCUUCCUCUGAUAAUAUGUUGGCUGAUAUUUUUGAUAGUACUUUAGAUGUUAAUAAUGGAAAAUUAAAACCUAAAUAAUAUUUUGUGUAUCAUAUUUCUAAAAUUGUAUAAAAUGAUUAAAACUCAUUACUGAAGCAUCAAAAAUUAAUAAUAUUUUAAUAUACUUGAUAUUUUAA